UUCAAUGACCUUUGAACAUUUUACGCAAAUUAUUAUAAAUGUUGAUGAGUUUGCAGUUCACGGGCGUGUAUUAUUCAAUCGGUAGAAUAAAGUCAAAAUCAAUAAGAAAUAUUUGACGACAGUCGUAUCAAAGUUACCAUAAGUGAAACACGGCUAAAUUUUUACCUGCUCAAAAGUACAAAUUUAAAAGAUUGUUUAGUUUAAAAUUAUUUCUCGUGAGAAAUUGCACACCUUGCUUAUUUGUUGUUGUUUUUUUUGGUGUGUGGAGGAAUAUCAAUCACAGUUGUCUUCAAAAAAAAAAAAAAAAUACAAACAUGGCGAAUAAGGUUUACACGAUUAACGAGGUGGCACAACACAAUAAGGAAACGGAUUUAUGGUUGGUGAUGCACGAUGGUGUUUACGAUUUAACUGAUUUUUAUAAGAAACAUCCUGGAGGUGAGGAAGUUUUGAUUAAUUCGGCUGGAACAGAUUGUACGAAGUGUUUCGAUGAAAUUGGUCAUUCCGAGGAAGCCAUAUUACUUAAGGAAACAUUUAAAAUAGGUGUGAUAAAAAAGGAUGAAGAAUUAACGAAAGAUUUGAAUGCAGAUCAUCAGAGUGAAGCAAGGACGGAAGAAGCUACUACCACCAACCCUACAACUUCAGCAACCAUCGAUGACGAUGACUGGGAAUACACCGAACCGAAAAAAGACAGUGAUCGAACAUUACCAUUCGUAGUGGCAGCUGGUGUUCUUAUCUAUGCCAUUUUGUUUUAUUACUUUUUCCUUUAAUGAGAAAUUUAUUCAUUAGCAAAUAUUUCUUCUUCUACAUAUACCAACCAAUGAUAAUAAACUCUUAGUAUGCAUAAAUUAACCCUUAAAGUGCAUAUGGGGUGUUUGACACCCGAACACAUUUGUGAUCUCUCGAAAACGAUACUGAAUUCGAACAAAUGGGGUUAUUUGUCUAGUGCCAUCUAGUGUUCAUUCAGAUGGGUAUAAAAUCUAUUCUAUUUUAAUAAAGAUGUAUCAAACUACUUUUAAAAAAAAUUUCGAGGUCUAAAUAUUAAAUAGGUGCUUCAGGAGAUGCGUUCAAACACGUUGGGGUUUCAAACACCCACAGUGUACUUUAAGGGUUAAAAUCAAUUAUAGAAUGCAUACGAAAUUCAAACUACGCGUUGUUACCCCCUCCCCCGAUAUUUUUCUUUAUCUAUUUACAAAAGACAAAUAGAUACUAACUAAUUUUUAUUUUUAUUUUUUUAUAAAUAAUCAUCGAAAGAUUGAGUGAACGUUGGAACGUUAAAAUUGAAUUGUCAUUGUGUAUCUUUACAAUUUUUUUUUUUUUAUUUUCAUUUAUGUUUUUUCAAGAGUCUUAGAGAAGAGAUAAAUAUCCAAGUUACAUUAUUAUCUUGAAAAGCUUACACUUAUCUAUCUUUCUUGUACGAGAUACAACACUCGGCGUUUAUUGAUACGCACACACAAAAAAACGUGACCCAUUUACGUAUUUAACUUUAGCUUAUUACCAUUUCCGAUAAUAAUAAUAAUAAUAACUCGAAAGCUUUUAAUUAAUUAACAGUACUUCAAC